GAUCUGGCGGAAUACAUAAUAUCGCUGAGCUGUAUGAGUGCCUCCAUGAUUUGUCUUCUCGCGACCCUGGUGACCUAUUUGAGACUACGUGUACUAAGAACGGAAGCUGGUAUCAACAACAUGUUUCUAAGUUUUAGCUUGCUGUUGGCUCAAGGCUCUCUUUUGGCCAGCGCACAUGUGUCGGUUUUUUACAAAACAAUUUACUAUAUAUAACUGUCAUGGACAGUUUAAGAGAUAAGAGUGAUAUAUCGUUAUUUACAUUUUGUGUUAUAUAACAGUUAAUGAAAAAAUAAUUAAGUUAGACCGAGGGUCAGGAUUUUUUUUUGUGUGUUUUUAUUUUGUUUGUUUGAUUGUUGUUUUUUUUUAAAUUUUAUUUAUUUAUGAAUUUUAAAAAGUAUAAUUUAAAUAAAAAUCAACUGUCUAAAAAAAAUGUUUCACUUAACUAUAGUUUUAUGUACAUAAUUAAAAUUAUUUUUUCAUUCAUGUGGUAUUUUCAACUUCACUUUGAAAUGUAUGUGCCACUCUCAAAAAAAAAUUUAAAUUAAAGAAACUAAAACAUUUUGGGCAAAAACAGUCUAUUAAAAAUAUAUAUAUACUAUUACUUGUCCUAAUCUAGGAAAUGCAUAAUAUUACCGAAAUAUAAAUGUCUCAACUUUAAAAAAAACAACAACUGAUCUGCACCCUCAUUUCUAUUUGUAGCCAAGGUCCAAGCAGCCUGUGUAUUUUACUCGGCUCAACAACCCACUACCUGUGGCUGUGGAUGUUCUCGUGGACCUUCGUCUGCAGCCUCCCCAUG